AUGUCUAUGUGUAUCAUUUUGCCACAUAAUCCACUGCAAAGAAUCCCCAUCAACUUUCAGGACAUUCCUGUCUCCAGUCGAUCAUCCAGAAGGAUUGUUCUUCUGGGCAAAAGUGGUGUUGGGAAAAGUGCAGCUGGAAACACAAUACUGGGACAGAGAGUGUUCAGAUCUGCACUGAAUAUGAAUUCAGUAACCCGUGAAAGUUCAGCUGCUCACGCCACUGUUUCAGGCAGGUCUGUGUCUGUAGUUGAUACUCCUGGAUUAUUUGAAGAGAUGAAUACUGAGCAGCUUGUGACAGAGAUGGCAAGAAGCAUUUAUUUAUCCAGUCCUGGACCUCAUGUUUUUCUCAUUGUGUUUCCUGUGAAUAUGAGAUUCACUGAUCAGGAGGUGCAGAUUCCUCAGCAGAUUGAGAUGUUGUUUGGUCAGGAGGUGCUAAAAUACUCCAUCAUUCUCUUCACUCAUGGAGAUCAGCUAGAAGGAGAGUCUGUAGAGGAACUCAUUGAGCAUAACAGUAGAUUAAGACAUCUAGUUCAGCAGUGUGGAGGCAGAUUUCAUGUCUUCAACAACAGAGAUCAGAAUAACAGAGAGCAGGUGAAUGAUCUACUGCAGAAGAUUGACACAAUGAUAGAGCAGAAUGGAGGUGGACAUUACAGUAAUCAGAUGUUUCAAGAUGCUCAGAGAUUCAGAGAGGAAGAAGAGAUGAGACAGAGAGAGAGAGAGCAGAGUCAAAGACAAGAGAUUGACAGAGUGAGAAGAGAGACAGAGCAGAGAAUCAGAGCAGAGUAUGAAGAUAGACCAAAUCAACCAUUUAGUGGAUUUCUGCUGUUUUUAUCCAGGCAUAAGCGUCAUAUUUAUAUAGCAGCCAUAGCAGCUGGUUUUGUAAUUGGUGGUGCAGUUGGAGGAGCUGCUGUUUAUGGAAUUGUUGGUGGAGCUGUUGUUGGUGGAGCAGUUGGUGGAGGUGUAGCAGGAGCUGUAAUUGGUGGAGCUGAAAGUGGAACUGUAACUGGAGUUGUUGCUGGAGCUGCUGCUGGAGCUGCUUUGGGUGGAGCAGUUGGUGCUGCUGUUGGUGGAGUUGUAGUUGGUGGAGCUGCUGCUGCCAGCAUUGGGGCUGUUGCUAAAGCUGUUGGUGUUGGAGCUGUUGGUGGAGCUGUUAUCGGUGGAGCUGCUGGUGGAGCUUCUAGUGGAACUGUUACAGGAGCUGUUGAAGGUAUUCUUGCUGGAGCUGUUGUUGGUGGAGCUGCUGUCGGUGGAGCUGUUGUUGGUGCAGCUGCUGUUUAUGGAGCCGUUGCUGGUGGAGUUGCUGGUGGAGCUGUUGUCGGUGGAGUUGUUAGUAGAAGUGUUUCUGGAGCUGUAGAGUGUGGAGUGGCUGUUGGAGAAGCUGUUCUUGCUGGAGCAGCUGUUGGAGGAGCGGCUGUUGUUGGUGGAACUGUUGGUAGUGGCAGGGUUGUGGGGCCCUAG